GCGCUUGCUAACCAACGUCAGACGAUCGUCCAAGAGCGGCGCCAUCCUUUGUCUAAAUUCUCGCGCUCUCCCUCUUCGCUUCAUAUGUUAUUUUACAACUUUUUGUAGCCUGUUUACUUGUAUUUUUGAUAGAAUUUUUCCGCGUAAGUAAAACCACCGAGUCCGCCGCGAUCUCUUCCCCAAGAGGACCGACGGGAGACUUCAGAAUCGAAAGAUGUGAUAGAUGAUCGCGCGGUCGGACGGAAAGUCUCCAUCGUCAAGAGCCGUCGGAGUCGAUGACAGUUUCCUGGUUAAGCUCACCGUCGUUCAGGCAUUCACAUUCGUUUUGAUAACUGGCGACGACCCCGUCUGCGCCGUCAGACUGUCGUCACGACACGCAGAACGAAUGUGAGAGUCACUGCAUUAGCAGUGAAUGCGAAUUUUUGGGGUGGAGAUCGAAGAGAUAUAUCAGGUGGAAGACUAAUUGUAGACAUCGAAAUUUCACUGCCAACCUCUACGAAUCAGCGUUCGCGGCAAUUCUAUGUUUCGGAUAGUCGACCCACCCCCUAAUUUCAGGCAGAGCGCCAGCGAGUGGAUCUAUAAGAUGUUAUUUCUCUGGUCGAGAGAGCCGACUCCGGAUCCCAGAGCCGGUCCAUGGUUCGCCUGGUUCGCGACGGCUGUUCUGCUGUGGCGUUGCCGACGUCGCAUUACCCGGGCGAUUUUGGCGAUCUCGCCGCUGAGAUUGCUGAAGAGACGCGUCGCCGGUCUAGCGAUCAAUCAGAAGACGAUUCUGAAGCAACAGAAGAGACACAGCCUCGCUCAGCUGCACAAGCACAAGGCUGUCGGCAUACGGCGAGCGAAGCGAUUAUGCACCGGCGACGGUCCGCAUGUGUCCGGCAGUAUGUCCAUGUUACAGGGACAGAUCCACUACAGAGUCACCAGGAGCGGCAGAAUCUACGGGAAAUACCCGAACAAGACCGCCAUUCCAAACGGCAUUCAAGAAAGUCAUUGACAUCGAGCUUUAUCGAGAAUUAUCAAACUGUCACAGCCACUGUCUUUGUCCCUGUAUAAAUCUCGUGAUCGUCAUUGUCGUCGUGUCGUCGACAUAAUUUCACUCUUUGAAAAGGAAAGAGUCAUUCAAAUAUAUGAUAUACUUAUAUCCUUCUUCUUGAUAUAAAUUCUUUAUUAUAAAAAA